AGCAGUGGAACUGGAUGAACGAGACUCUUAGCUAGGAAUCUAGGAUGAAACUGAGAUGGUGGUCCUCACUCUCCCUAGCCUGCGUUUGCAGUUCUUUUGUUAAGAAGCUGGACCUUUGCACGCUUCAUGUACUUAUACCACUCUAGGGGUCAAUUACCACAUAGAAUUUCAUUCUCACCCACUUCUCAACAUUUUUCUUCAUUGUUGUCCGAGUGAUUGAAAUUUGAUUUUCUUCAAGCAAGAUGACAUGAGAAGCAAGGGUAUCUCACGAGCAGCCAAACUGCCAAUAUCUAAGAACUAGAACAUUGUGCAACUCAAGAACUAUCAUGCUCUCCUAUCAUGCCUCCUUCCUCUACUUGAUGAUGCUUGUCAUUGCAUUGAUCUGCAAUCUUGGACUGCAUUCAGCAACUUCUAGUACGGAGUUUAAACAUUCAUUCCGUGGAGAUAACAACCAUUCAAGAAAGGUACAUGUAAAGUCAGAAAAGGCAUACCCAGGCUACAGAGAGCUUAUGGUGCAUGGCGGUUGCACGAAUAGAGAUAUAAGCAUCUCACAAAGUAGAGAUUCCACAUCUGGAAUCCCAAGGUAUAUAGUCCAGAUAGUCAACACCUGUGUUUCCGGAUGCGCUCCUUCAAAUAUUCGUCUGCACUGUGGUUGGUUUGCCUCUGCAAGAAUUAUAAAUCCAAGAACCUUCAAGAGGCUCUCCUAUGAUGAUUGCUUGGUUAAUGGAGGAAAACCUUUGAAGAGCAGCCAAAUCAUCAGCUUUACUUACUCAAACUCCUUUAUGUACCCACUUGCAUUCAAGUCUGCUAAGUUCUGCUGAACAGAAAACAAGUCCAACGGGCAUGAAGUAAUUGAAACAUUCUGCAAAAUGGUUAAAAUACCAAACCAAAGCAAAAAAAAUCCCUCAACCCCAAAUUUUCAAAACCCGAAAUUCAGGACUCCCUCGAGGAAAACCCCAUCACAAUAGCAUGCUUUUAAAACCUAACAUUUAUAGCCGAGACUGCCCAGUGAAUCUUCUCUCUUUCAAAACCCUUUGAGUUUUUGUUGGGUUCCUUUUCACUUCUGUCUUAUUUUAGACUUCCCGAUCGAGUCAAAAGCUACUGUUACAUGCGUGGCUGGUGCAUGGAAGGUCUGAAACAUGAUGCUUCUUUAACAGUCCGUGUGCUCUCAGUUUGAUCUCACUUCCUCACAGUUGUUUUAUUUUUUCCACUUAGAAGAGAUGGAGAGAUAGAAGUUUUCUCAUACUAGAUCUGAAAACGUUGGGUCUUCUUUCUAAGGAUGAUUGGAGCAAUACGGAGUGUCAGCAGUGGCUGGUUGGGAUGGAAUAACUUACAAAAUAUUGAAGGAAAAAACAGUAGCACGGGAUUCUCUCUCUCUCUCUCUCUCUCUCUCGCUCUCAGUUGCCAAAAUAGGUUGGAUGUUGGGGUAAACGCUCACUGCUCAAGAACAGAAACUGAGGUAAAACAACAGAAGCCCGGUCGUAUGCAACUGUGUUGGGCGUUGUCGAGGUGAAUUUAUGUACGUAUGUACGUAUGUAUGUAUAUAUUUAGGUAUAUAUAUAGUGAGUAAUGAGAAAACCCACUAGCUAGGUCUUUAUCUUUAUGGUUGUUUGCAUGGUGCCUUGAUUGUCUCUAACUACUGAGAUGAGACCUCCAGUGGCUGUGUUGUCAUUUUAUGCAUGAUCUAUUGGCAUUAAAGAGCACAUGGCCGGCGCUGUAAGGACUAAAAAAAUUUCGAGAUUAGAGUCUCGAAAAUAAGGUUGAUAUUUUUGCACUGAUGUACAAUCUAUAAAUACCAUUGACUUUGAGAACC